CGUCAGCUGCUCCUAUUUUCUGCUGUCGCUUUUGGCGCUCGGCCAUCCAGAAACAAACCACUUCGAUGACUCCUAAUAGUUAUCGCCAGAUGUACUAAUACACAACAAAUCACGGUCCGGGAGAGGGGGAGAGCAAAUGAGUUCCUAUUUUGUGAAUCCCACUUUCCCGGGGAGCCUGCCCGGGGGCCAGGACUCCUUCCUCGGGCAGAUCCCCCUGUACCCGGCGGGCUAUGAUGCUCUCAGGCAUUUUCCGGCUUCCUACGGGGCAAGCAGCCUGCAGGACAAGACUUACACCUCACCUUGUUUCUACCAACAGUCCAACACCGUCAUUGCUUGCAGUCGGGCUUCCUAUGAGUACGGAGCCUCUUGUUUUUAUUCGGACAAGGACAUUAGUAGCUCCUCUCCUUCCGGCAGUGGCAAACAGAGGGGGCCCGGGGACUACCUGCACUUUUCUCCCGAUCAACAGUACAAAACCAGCGGCGGCCAAGCCAAAAUUAUAAAUGACGAAGGCACCGACCGGAAGUACACGAGCCCUGUUUACCCCUGGAUGCAGCGGAUGAACUCCUGCGCUGGCUACGUGUGCCUCCUGGCCAUUCAAAUUGUCAGGUUUAGGGACAGAAGUAUCCAAACCACAAGUUCUCAGUACUAUGUGAAAAAUGGCUCCUUGCAAGUCAAAGCUGCGUACGUGGAGGGUAACAGGAAUGCUUGCCUGUUUCACAAGAAAAAGAGGGAUCCCCUUUUUCUCCCUCUUUCGGUAUGUAUUGAGUUGCUUCUUCUUGGUGCAUGAAAAUUUACUCUCUCCCUCUCAACUUCAUUCCAGUGCUGUCCCCAUCCCAUUCUCGGCCAGCCUCGGCCAGGAAACUCUCGCUUCUUUAUUAAUUGAUUGAAGUCUCCUUCUCCAGUGAAAUCGAGCCUUUAGUCCUUCUAGAAAAAUAAGGGAGCUGGCCUAUUUUAUCCUAUCCUUUUCUUUCUUUGAGAACUUAGGGUGAUGGUACAAGUUUGUUAAAGGGAAGUACUGGGGGGGAAAAGGGUUUGAGAUUGUUUAUUACAGCCAUAAAUCUUGCAGUAAAAUGUCGAAAUGGCCGUGUGCAAGAUAACACUUGGUGGUCUUGGCUGGGUUCUUGUUUAUGAUAACAAAACCAGAAAGACACGGAACAGGCCUUUUGGAGGUCCUGCCUCAGCACAUCUUCACAGACCGAGAGAACCACACGAAAAAGUCAGACUCGAGCUGGGCAGCUCAGGUCACCUUGCAGAUUUACACUCGUAUACAAAACCGAGUCCUUCUCUCUGUAACCAAGCGCCAGAGCCCUCCUGUAGAAAAGGGCACUGGGAAACUUUGAGAUCUAAUCGCAGUAAAUAAUAUGAAGCUGAGCCCGGCCAACUCUCCCAAUAUAGCGCUGAUCUGACAAACAGAGACAACUCUUCUCGUUGUGUUUUACUGUGGCGUGGGAACACGGCAGCCCGCCGUAGUGCUCCGGCCACAGAGCCUCAGGACUUAUGCCGAGGAUAAUAUUUACGAUACCCCAGUGUAAUUCAUCUGGUGCUAGCCGGCAGGUAUUUGCAUGUAUGCGUCUCUGUGUAUGCAUGUAUCUCUUUAUACCGGGAAAAUGCUAUCGUGGUGGACUUCGGCGGUCUUUUUUUUUUUUAACAGUCAUGCAGAUGGGAGCUUUUUUCCUUUUAGGAAAUGGGUUUGCUGUUGUUUUGUUGUUUGGAAUCUAAAUAAAACAAUCUCCCCUUUUCUAUCAAAUGUGUGCUGUUGAGCAGUUGCGGCUGUCUCUGUGUGUAACCGCGUGUGUGUAACCGCAUUUCCUCUCCACGCAGAGUAAAUAGAGAAACUUAUCUAUUACUCUAGUUAGAGUUCCAUAGAUGUGCUGUUGGAAAUGAGUAAGUAAAUGUGUUUUAACUCUCUUUACAAAUUAGACAUUCGAUAGUAGGAGGAAAUGAGUGAUUGUUUAGAUAAGUACCCCAGUAUACCCAAGUGCUGGAAAUGUUCUAACAUAUUACAAGCCGCAUGCAAUGUGCGUGCCUAUGUGUCUGUGGAUAAAAUAUAAAUCGAUACGCUGUGUGUCUUGUUAGAUAGAAUAUAUAUUCAAAUAGAAUUUUAUUGCAUGUAUCCAUUAUCUAUUAAACUGCAAAAGACAAUAAUCUGAAUUUAAACCAGGGUAACUGUUAGUGUAAUAUCUUUAGGAAGGCAAGAUCUAAACUGUAUCAUAUUUACGCUUGAUAUAUUAGAAGUAUUUUCCCAUACCAGCAGAUGAGAUUUAGCCACUCAGCAAUUAUAUUCUCUAAGGGUGUGGUAAAUAUUUCUAUCUGCUUAUAUUCUUUCCUGUACAGAUAAAAAAAAUAAUCUGAAAAAGUUCGCGCCUACUCCAAAUGUGGCAGACUAACUGACUUUCAAUAAGUACUUUUUGUCCCCUUAGAAUAAGAGCGUAAUUAGUUUAACCAUCAAAUUUCAAUUACCUAAGGUCAGGGCGGUUGCCUCGUUUCCCCCUGAGCUGCAAAUCCCGUUAACAGUCUCAGUUUUAGCAACCUAGAAGUGCCCGGGUGCCCUCUCCCUCCUACACCAGGGUUUGCGAGCUACUGCUGCGAAGGCGCUAGCGAUUUCUUAUGGAAGUGAAAAUUAAAAAUAAACCCCAGACGAGGCACACCAAACCAACGGACUUAAAUUCGUAGUUCAGAAAGCUCUGCUCCGCGGGGAGGGAUGCUCCCAGUGAGCCCUGUAAUGGUCGGUAGGAAGUGUUUGAUACCGUCGUGUCCGUCUUCCCCUCUCCCUUCCCCCUCUGUUCCCCGUUAUUUUCAGGCUCUCUCUAUGCCUUGCUCCCCGCAAGCCCCUCGAGGAGUCUCCUCGGCCUCCCCGCAACCUUCGUUCUAACUUUCCCUCCAAUUAGCCCAGCUUCAAAGGGGCACAAGAGCCCGGGCGGUCCGCAGCGGCGGGGCGCUGGGGACAGAG